UAAUAAUACAUGACGUCAACAUCCUAUGCUGAAGUAAACAAAUCGUUUUUAUUGUUUGGUAGUUUCAGCUAUUUCAGUCUUGUCAAGAAUUUCUUGAUGCGUGGAUUUAGUAUCAAUUAUGGCUGCCGAGUCGCCAAGAAAAGGCACCAAAUACCUGUGCAAUGUUAUCAGACCACAUCCAUUUAGCGACAAGUCUGUAGCAGAAAGUGUCUUUGAUUUCAUCUCCGAUGUGGUCCCACAAGUCAGCCAAGCUUACUCUAGCUCCAGCACUAAAACAGAGGACAAGGAAAAAAUUGUCUGGAUCAGAUUUGAACAGUCUGAUAUCAAUGACCUCCAGUCCAACCCAAAUCUACAGGGUAUUGACCAGAAAGUUGUGCCGUUGUUGAUUGUGCUGGGCUAUGUCGAUGGUGUGCAGAUUUGGCAAGUUAUGCACAAUGGUGAGGCUGUGGAGGUGAUGUCCCUGCGUCAGGGUCCAGUCUCCUGCCUGAGGGUCCUGCCCACCCCCUGCCCUGAUACAGAUGACUACAAGCUAAAGAGGCCGCUGGUUGCUGUGGUGGACUCAUCCAGUGCAGGCAACCAGUUCUGUGGGGUCAAGUUUGUGUCACUGAAGACAGCUGAUGAGGUCAAGAGCAACUCUUUCAGGUCAUCCGUCAUACACAACAUUGAGUGCAACAAAAGGUUUAUUGUGAUUGUGUUCCAAGAGAAACUGGCUGUGUUUGAUGCUUGCAGACUCAAGCAGUUGCAGUGGAUUACAGGCUGCUACCCAUGCCCAGGCCCUAAGAUCAACCCUAUAGCUUUAGGAGACAGGUGGCUGGCCUAUGCAGACAAAAGGCUCCUGCCAGUUCACCAGUCUUGUGGUGGCAUGUCAGGUGAUGGGUCCCAGUCAUACGCAGCAACAGUCAUCAGCGCAGCUAAGGGUGCCUUCAAAGGUCUGACCAUGUUUGGUGAGGCCAUGGUCAGCAGCGUGACAGGAAGUAAACCUGCCACCGUGGUCAAGAAACCUGACCCCUCCCCCCCUGAUGAAAAUGGCUUUCGCCCUGGCAUAGUGUCAGUGUAUGACCUGAAAUCUGCCAGAUCAGAGCAGGGAAGUAAGUCUGAAAUCUCCCAGUUCUAUGUGUCAGAGGACCCUGAUGUGGAGGGGUUAAUUGCCCAUUUCCACGCUCAUGCUAAUGAACCUGUCGCUGCCAUGGCCUUUGACCCCAGUGGUAUUCUCCUAGUGACUGCCUGUAAAUUAGGUCACAACUUCCACGUGUUCAGCCUAGUCGCCCACCCCUGCUCGUCAUCACUUGGUGCGGUGCACCACCUGUACACCCUGCAUAGGGGGGACACAACAGCUAAGGUUGUGGAUAUAGCCUUCACUAACGACAGUAGAUGGGUGACAGUCAGCACACACAGGGGGACAACUCAUGUUUUCCCUAUCACUCCUUAUGGUGGGACGAUCUGUGCCCGGACACAUUGCCAGGCCCGUGUGGUCAACAGGGUGAGCAGGUUCCACAAGUCUGCUGGCUUGGACGAGAUAGAACCUGGGGCAGCAGGCAGACACAGCCCCAUACUGUCCAGUAGUCCUGGCACCUCAGGUCCGCAGGAGAGUUAUCCCACACUGAUCAGACAAAAUGCCUUGCGCAACAACACUGGCAACCCACGCCUACCCCCCUAUCCCCACCCCACCCCCGUGGCCCCCCUGGCUCAACUCAAACAAACCCUGUCCAUCCCUGGCCUGGGUCCCCCCACAGGAUCCAGCCCACGGCCAAAAAGUCCGACCCACUCUACGUCUGCUCAUGACAAUGUGUUUGCUGUGUGUGCAACAUUCUCCACCCAGAGGCUGUGGACUGCAACCAUUGAUAGACGAGAUCACCUGAAGAAGACAGCUGUUGACUCCCUGUUUAUACUGAACCAAAAUGGCUGCCUGAGUGAGUACCACCUAGAGCCACGGCCCAGACAACAUGCCGGCCCUGAGAAACACCUGGAUGACUCACCCAUUGAACUAGAGGUCAAAGGUCUCAUUCAGUGGAACCUCCAGAGGUCACUCUCCUCACAAGAGGUCAAGCCACCCCUGGCGUCCAACAACCCCCUGAUUGUGGCGUGUGAGGCCGUACAGACUCAGCAGGCGUCUUACUCCGCAGAAACCUCAGAGCCAGGCCCUGUAACAAGGUACGGCUCUAAAGACAGCCUGUCCAGUGACCAGGGAACCUACGGCAGUAAAGAGGAUCUGGACGAGCAGUGGGUCUCACAGGUAGAGAUCAUCACCCAUGUGGGCCCCCACAGGAGACUGUGGAUGGGCCCCCAGUUCUCAUUCAAGACCUACCAGAACCCGCAGACCACCACCAUCCUCUCUUCCUCCUCCUCCUCCCUCUUUUCUGGCAGCCCUGAGAUGUCCGCACACGUCACCACCAUGGACAUACUGACUGAUGACUGCGACCUGGAGAGUUUGAAACUUCACCCAAGUCGUUCCAGCCCUGUUGCCAUGCCAACCACCAGGCCAGCCUACCGGAGGUCAUCCACCAGUGACAGGACCACCAGCCCAGGCAGGAGCGCCAACGCUGCCCCUGUCUACAUAGAAGCAGGCAGCUACGAGCAGUCCCCCAUCCUGAGUGAUGUCUUCAGUGAGUGGACAGAGUCCAACAUCCUCAGACAGCCAAGAGGGAGUGAGGAGGAAGAGGAUAGACUGAGGAAACAAAUGGAGGAGGCCAUGAUAGAGUCGCCUGCCCAGGAGGGGGGCCCCAACAACAUGAGGCUCACAGAAGAUGUCUUCCACGACAGCUCCGAGAACCUGAGUAGUUCUGGCUCCAGCAUCACCACCAUACCGACCAAAGGUGCCGCGGAGAUCCACACAGACAACAGGUACUCGGGCGGAAGUGAUUCUCCCGACCUCCUCGGCUGAGCUGACCGGUAGUGACGUCAUGGCACAUGUGGAUCAACCCAUCGUUUGGAAGCAUUCGGCUGUGUGGCUCUUAAGUACAAAUGGUACUCAUCAUUGCUUUUUUUUUCUUUUUAAAGAAAUAUAGCAAACAAAAUGUAAACUGGUUCUGAAGACUUUUUCAUCAGUAAUUUUUGUAUCGCAGAUUUCCUGUUGCUAUUGACGUUGCUUCAGUGAUAGACAAAAAAAAAACUUUUUCUUGAUAUUUAGCAUCUUGGUGCCGUUUAUGUCUUUGACUGAAACCACAACUUGUGGUUUGUGGUGGCUUGUCUGGUAUCUUGGUCAAGCUGGUUACUACUUGCCAUGUCUGUUUUAAAAAACUACAAGACUUAAUGUUUGACAGGCAACAGUUGUAAUGACAUCUUGUUGGUGAGGUUCUGUAGGCUAAUGACAAAUUUCUUUUUACAGUUGUACAAUUGGCUAAGUGUACACAAUGUAUGAUUGAGAUGUAUCUGUUAAAAAUGUUAACAAGUACUAAUGAUUGAUAAUGUGUUUUGACUUUUUAAAUUGACUAAAGACACAUUGUUUAAAAUGUGUUUAUAUUAUAUUAUGUGUUUAAUUUUUAAACUGUUUAGUGUAUUUUGUUUCAAUUUUUAAAAUAUAUUUUUCUUUUACCUAAUAGAAAUAACCAAGUCACCUAUAUAUAAGGUUUAAAAUUAUCAGUAGCGUCACUAAUGUUAGCUGACUCUGAUGAGAGUCACCAAUGUUAGCUGACUCUGAGGUCACUUAUCAAGUGGAGUAUGUGCUUUAACAUCAGGACGAUGUUAUUAACAUUUCAUCUUUGUCUCCUCUUGGUCUAUGGUCUGAAAGAGAUUAUGACUCUACAUGACAAGUGUUAAUCUUGGACCAGGCUUUUAUAUUUCUACAUUGAUAUGAAAACUUGUAUGUACCUGGUCAAACACUUUUACUUCAUGAUUCUGAUAGCAGCUGUUGUUACCUUUUUAAAAGUGACAUGACCAUUUGUGUGAUCUUUUAAUAGCUAUGUAAUAACAGGUAUAAAUAGUUGUCUUAAUAUUUAGACCUAGCAAAGUUAGAAGGUUUCUUUUUUUAAAAAAAAGUUUUAUUUUUCUUACCUUCUCAAAUUGAUAUUUUUAAACAUGAUUUUUACAUUCUUUCCUACUUUCUCAUGUUUUAGACUAUGAGAAUUACAGCACAUUUUCAUCUAGUUAACAGAUAAUAAAUGUGUGCAUCUCAAUGGUUUUCAUGCUAUUUAUAAAGAAUUCUUUGCCAUAUGUUUUCUAUGACACAAUGUAUGACACAUGUCAUGUCUGACAGGGUGUCUACCACCAUGUCUAUUGUCAUGUCUUACAUAACACGGUGUAUGGUAACAUUGCUCCUGUUAAAUAUUUCCCUACUAGCCCCUCCCUUUACCCUUCCCGCCCCAUCAUAGCGGAAUUUCGUGCUUAAAUUUCUGAAAUAUUUGUAUUUUAAAUAUGUUUAUGACCAUUUUUUUUACUUCCGGGUACUCUAAUGAACUGGGUCGGCUCAAAUAAAACUUCCAGUUCGACAGAGAUUUGAACCAGGGCUUGUACGGCGAUCGUACUCUCUGUUGCCAGGCUGCCAUCUUGAUAGGGAUUUGAACCCAAGUAUCUGUAGCUCACGUUUUGUGUUGUCUCCCUACCAGGAUAAAGGAUUGUGGAUGGAAAGUCCUCUCCAUCACGUAACAACCUAUAUUUAAAAAUAGAGGUUCUGUAAAUCAGAGUGGCUUGUUUAUUUUAUUUUCUUCUUGUAGUUAUAACACUAGUCAUUAGCCUGGACCCCUUCUUUCCUCCCCCCUCCCCACAACUACAGCAUUAUAAAUAACAAAGGACUUGUAAGACUAUCUAAUACAUAGGCUACAACAUUUCCAUCACAAAAUCUACACGAAGAAAUUUAUUUUUAUACAUAAAAAACUGCUCAUUCUUACAAAAAAUCUGUCUAAAAACUUUUAUUUCAGAUUAAAACAAAUUAAUUAAAAAGAUAUUUCAGUUUUUUUUAUUUAUUUAUUUUUUUAAGAUUUUGCAAAGAUUUGUGUAAUCUUAGCGCUUAAUCAUCAUAAUCUUAUCGUAUUUCUAAUUAAAUUACUUUAAACCUGGGACUAUCAAGAAAGAUGUCGUGAACUACUUUUGUAUUUGUUUUCACCUCUAUAAACAUUUUUAACCAUGUAUUUUUAUGCUGACUAUUCAGCUUGAAUUAACGUCAUUAAAUUGAUCAAUGCA